CACCCGACGCCGAGUGCUGCGCUGGGGGUGCGGGGUGCUGCUGCCGUCACACUGCUGCACCCCGCGAGCACCCCCGCUGCAGGACGUGCUCGUCACGGUGGCUGAGACUGGAGCUCUCCUGGAGCCGCAGGGCGUCCACAUCCAGCUCGUAAAUCUAAACUUGGGAGCCUCCGCCCCGCCAGUCCCAGGGCCCUGCAGCUCCAGCUGCCUCGUGAUGGAAAAUAACACGCAAAAAAUAGCCGGAGUCUGCAGGGGCUCCCUGGAAAGCCCAGCACUGUCCCCGGGGUCUCCUGGUCACGCAGCCCGUGACGCACUUGCUGUGCCUUUGCUGCCGGCUUGUUCCCUCGCCAAGCCCUGGGGAGAGGGGGCUCCUGGCUGCAGGCCGUUCCCACGGCGCCCUUGUAGCACCAAUGAAUAAUGCAUUGCAUCCCGGCAGGCAUUUCAUUUCAGGCUCCCAAGGGUCUGCAAGCGCCCCAGCCAGGCCAGGGAAUGGGGCCACCCUGGACCGGCCAGGGUGGGGGAUCCUUGCUGCGUCUCCUCCGGCCCCUGCUCCUCGGCAGCGGGCCCAAGCUGGAAGCCCUCCCCGAGCAGGAGACAGCCCGGUUCACCUACGACUAUGACACCGUCCGGAACGGGGGGCUGAUCUUCGCCGUGGUGGCGUUCCUCGUCGGACUCCUCAUCAUCCUCAGCCGGCGGUUCCGCUGCGGAGGCAAGAAGAAAAGCAGACAAGGCGACAACAAUGACCUGUAGCUGCAGGUACUUGACGGAGGGCCGGCCCUGGGCUGCGGGGCACGUUGGCGCCAGCUGCUCCCCUUCCCACUGCUGUCUCUGCAGCCAGAGCUGCCCGGCGGUCCAGAAAGAGGCUUCCUGCACUGCAUCCUCACCGGGCACCAUGCCCCCCACGCCGCUGUGAUGCACACACCAGCCCCUGCCUCCUCAGUGCAUGCUCGUGGUUUUCCUGCUGUAGAUCAGCUAAGCACCUCCAUGCCUCAAUAAAGCUCCUGUCUGAGACGGCUAAA